CUGAAUUUUGAUCAGGUGACCAUGGGGAUACUUCAACAGUCGUGUGAAAAAUGGUUAUAAGUCACUUUUGUAACUUUGAAUGCUCACUAAAUGAACUGUUGUAAGUUGGACUAUCUUGUAGCUGGUCUUUGAAGCUAUAGCUGUUUUCAGUGCUGCUACAGUCAUCUGAUCAAAUUCAGGUCCUUGGCAGUUUGCUUGCAUUUAUGACUGUAGUGGUUGCUUCAGCUCCCCCAUAUGCCUCUCCCCCACCUCUGCCUUUUUCAUUGCAUGCCCUGCAUGCUGCCCUUACCUCUCCUUGCUUCCCCCUCACCAGAUGAACUCUGACAUAUACUUCCUCGGCUGAUGAGGUGUGUGAGGGAAGGCUGCAUGAGGGCGUUGCAAAGGACCUGUGCAUGCAUAUCAGCAUUGGGAGGAAGAAGACAAUGAACGUCAGCUGAGAGUGCUGGGGAAGGGCAGCAGGGGGAGGUGAUGACAGAGUGCAGGACAGACAUGUGGGGAAGAAGCAGAGGCGGGCAGGGCAAGAGAACUGUAAGUUCCUCACCCGACAACAGUGUUAUCCUGGUCUAAUGAUACAACUGUAACUGUUAGAACUGCUAUCCAUAAGUGAUGCAGUCACUCGAUGUUUUCCCUAAUGGCCACUUCACUUCAGUGAUGGAACUUCCGGUUCCAAUUAAUAUAAUUAAGCAAGGCCUACUUGUAAAAAAGAAAAAAAAAACUGUUGCUUUUUUUAAAAAUUUAUUUUGAAGUUUUAAACAGAAUGUAAAAACUGACACAAACUAACCAACACAAAUUAAUAAAAAAUAAAAGGAAUAAAAAAAAUUCUAGUGAGAAAUAAUAGAAAGAAAUAGGAGGAACUUCCAAUUUCUUCUGCAGCAAAAAUAAGUAUUGCAAUAUCUUCUAUCGUGAUUACAAAAACCCUGACUUUUUUCUACUCAUUUUUUCUAACCAUCAAAAUUACACAUCAUAGGUGCAUUUCCCCCGUUUCAUGCAGUAAGAAAGUUAAUUUAGCUGUCAAGGAAAGUUGCUGCAUAAAUGGUAGUUACUUUUUAGUUUCUAAGAAAGAGCUGUUAAUUAUUGCAGACAAAACUAAUUGAAUUUGAGAUAGGUAAAGAGACAGAAAAUGGUCCUUGCUUAAUAGGGUCAUAUAUAGUGUUGGAUUCAAAUAGGGUACAGUUCACUUGACACUGCAGAAAUGUCACAUACUUUGAUGGUUUAAGAGAGCCAAAUUGCUCAUGCAUGAAUGAGAGAGGUUGAAGAGAUUCUGUCAGGUAAUUUAGUUUAAUCGAAAUUCAUGUUGUAUGGAAUUAAAUUUUAAGAUGCAUAACAGUGACUUAAUAGAGGAAAGUAUUGCAGCAUUAAUACAGCUAUUUCAUAGUACCAAUAGGAUUAGUUGCUGAAAACUUUUGGGGAAGUAGUAGAGUUUAUGAUCUUGAAAUUUGUAAUUUAGAACAGAUGCAGUUUUUGAAUCUAAAUAAUUUGCUUGUUAUUGCCAUUCAGGCAUCAUGUUCUUAGGCUCCUGACUUUGAAUUUGUUUUGUGGAAGUGACUAUAGAUGUGGGUUUCUUAGAAGCACUUUCGAUUUUUCAUAGGGAUUGUAUUUGGAAAAUAGUUAUAAUUCAAAGGGAUUUUUAUAUUUAUGGAAUGGCUUCAUAAUUGGCAAAUAACAUUAAAAGGUAUGUGGUAAGAUUUUUCACUAUCUCAUUGCUCAUUAUCUUAAUAUCUUACCGCAACGAAACACUUUAGUAGGAUUAAAUGUUUCCCUUACAUUUGUUACUUAGAAAGUAAUUUCUUACCUAGAUUAAGUUAUAAUAUUUAAUACUUGGCUUUAGUUUAUCUUUGCAGUUAUUGGAAAGUGAUUGUUUUGAAGUAAUGCCCACAGAAAGUGGAAGCUGUGCCACUGCUCGCCAAGCCAAGCAGAAACGAAAAUCCCACAGUCUUUCUAUACGAAGAACCAACAGUUCUGAACAAGAGAGGUCAGGAUUGCAGAGGGAGAUGCUGGAAGGCCAGGAUUCAAAGCUACCCUCAUCCAUUAGAAGUACACUUCUGGAACUUUUUGGUCAAAUAGAAAGAGAAUUUGAGAAUCUCUACAUUGAGAAUCUUGAAUUACGCAGAGAGAUUGAUACACUUAAUGAACGCUUAGCAGCUGAAGGCCAAGCCAUUGAUGGAGCAGAAUUGAGCAAGGGGCAGCUGAAAACAAAAGCCAGCCAUAGUACCAGUCAGCUGUCUCAGAAAUUAAAGACUACUUACAAGGCAUCAACUAGCAAGCGCUCAAAUUCUUUCCCAGGGAGAUCAGGUGGACCUCGCAAAUUCCACGUGGGAAGCUGGGAAAUAUGGGGUGGCGACUCCUGGAUAGUCUCCAGUUUCAAAACAACAACAUCCAGAGCAAUAUGUCAGCUAGUGAAAGAGUAUAUUGGUCAUCGAGAUGGCAUUUGGGAUGUCAGUGUCACAAAAACUCAGCCUGUGGUGCUGGGGACAGCAUCAGCUGAUCAUACUGCUUUACUCUGGAGCAUAGAGACAGGAAAGUGUCUUGUCAAAUAUGUUGGACAUGCUGGAUCAGUAAAUUCCAUAAAGUUUCAUCCAACAGAACAGGUGUCUCUUACAGCUUCAGGAGAUCAGACAGCUCAUAUUUGGCGAUAUAUAGUGCAAUUGCCCACCCCUCAACCUACCACAGACUGCAAUCAAAUGUCCGGUGAAGAUGAAGUUGAGUUCUCUGAUAAAGAUGAACCAGACGGAGAUGGAGAUGGUUCCAGUGAUUGUCCCACCAUCCGAGUUCCUUUGACUUCCCUAAAAAGCCAUCAGGGUGUUGUCAUAGCAGCUGAUUGGCUGGUUGGAGGGAAGCAAGCAGUGACCGCUUCAUGGGACAGGACAGCCAACUUGUAUGAUGUAGAGACAUCUGAACUUGUGCACUCUCUGACAGGACAUGACCAAGAACUUACACACUGUUGCACCCACCCCACCCAGCGCCUCGUUGUAACUUCAUCGCGUGAUACAACCUUCCGUUUGUGGGAUUUCAGAGACCCUUCUAUUCACUCUGUGAAUGUCUUUCAGGGCCAUACAGACACCGUGACUUCAGCUGUUUUCACUGUGGGAGACAAUGUGGUUUCAGGUAGUGAUGAUCGUACUGUGAAAGUUUGGGACUUAAAAAAUAUGAGAUCACCCAUUGCCACUAUUCGCACAGACUCUGCAGUAAACAGGAUUAAUGUUUGUGUCGGUCAAAAAAUCAUUGCCCUUCCACAUGACAACCGACAGGUUAGAUUAUUUGACAUGUCUGGAGUGCGAUUAGCACGUCUUCCUCGUAGCAACAGACAGGGUCACAGAAGGAUGGUUUGCUGCUCAGCAUGGAGCGAAGAUCAUCCAAUAUGCAACCUCUUCACUUGUGGAUUUGAUCGCCAGGCUAUUGGAUGGAACAUCAACAUCCCUGCUUUGCUUCAGGAAAAAUGAGAAGCUCUCCUCAUGUUUUCCCGGUUUUAUUGCCACAAACUUUGUGCAGACUUUCCUGUAAGCUGCAGUCAGUAUAAAAGGCACACUUUGCAAAGGGCGGUGGGUGGAAUUGCAAAUAUUGUUACUGCAUUGUGCACAGUUGCAUGAAAUGUACAGAAAAAAAUGUGACCUUUUCAAAGAAGUUAGGCCAAUGUUUCUAAAUCGUAUCAACAUUAAGAUGUGUGAAUUUCAACUCUCAAAAUUCCCCAGCCAGCAUAGCUAGCUGGGAAAUUCUGGGAAUUGAAGUCCACACAUCUUAAAGUAGCUAAGAUUAAGAAAUAAUGAGUUAAGUUCUUGUGUAUGAACUUUUUUAUCUUGAUAUCCACUGGUGUCUAGAAGGACACUUAACUUUCCCAUGGAGCUUAUAUGUUUGCAGAUUACUCAGUCUAGUUGAACGUUAGGGCAUUAAGUUCGGCUUAAAUAUGAAUUUCAUGAAAAAUAUAUAGUUCACCUUUCCCCCAUCACAUUACACAUUUACCCUGUGAUUAAAAGAGAAUAUAAAGUUUCUCUUUAAGAUGAAGAGGAAGAAGUUUACUACAAUGUGUAGCUGAGCUUUUCUUUCAUCUAUAUCAGUGUUUCUCAACCUUGACAAUUUUAAGGCAUGUGGACUUCAACUCCCAGAAUUCCACAGCCAGCAUUGCUGGCUGUGGAAUUCUGGGAGUUGAAGUCCACAUGCCUUAAAAUUGUCAAGGUGAGAAACACUGAUCUAUAUGUAGUGUGAUCUGAAGACUCGAAUAUAGUAUUAAUUUCAACUCCCAGUAUAGCUUAGUUACUGAAUUAAAAAUAAGGGUCAGGGAAGAAAACGAUAAAUAUCUUUAUGUAUCAGAUAUAAAAUGUUGGAUUGCCAUAUUGGGAAUACUCCAGAACCUUUCAAGACCUAUUUAAAUUAUUACACUCCUGGUCUGAGGAACCACUCUCUGUCAGAUUCUCACAUAAGGCAAAUGACAAUAUUUUACAAUCAUGCAAAUUUCAAUAAGUUCUUAUAGCACUUUAGUUUAUGGCAGCAGUUAUAAACCACAAAUGUCCAGUGACAUUUCCUGGAGAAUGUGAGACUUGUAUCUAAGAAGGAUUUUCCUUACUAGGCUUUUGUGAAUAUUUUAAAGCUGGUGAGUAAAUCUUGUUAUUUUACUUGUUUUUAUUUUUUUAAAAAAUACACCGGUGUUUUAAUGUAAAUUGACAUAAUUCUGUUUGAGCCAAGGAUAGCACCAAGACCUUGUCCAAACAUUUCACUGUAGAAGGGAAUUGCUUCUCUCCCUUCCCUCUCCUUAAUGAUCAUUCUUGAAAAGAAGAGAUUUUUCAAAAUAUUUUAAUGGGAUGGUUGCUUGCAUUGUGGAAACCAGAUUACCAAAUUUUAAGCUAAAAUUGGAACAAGUUUAAUAAAACUUUAUCAUGCUGAAAAAAAUCAGCUUAAGAAAAAUAUAGUCCCUGUUCAACAUAAUUCUCUAGGCCUUCCUUAAAUUGCACACCAGAACAUACUAUGUGAACUUUAUCCUACUUACAUUGUGCUGCCAGAUUUGCAUAUUUAAUUCAUAUUUGCAAAAGCACUUGGUAGUCACCAUUUGGAAGAAAAGUCUGAAAGUUGUUUUUGAAGUUCCUUCACAGAUGAAUGCAGAAAGCAGUUUUCUUUACUAUCCAUUAUUGUCUCCAGAGUGGCACGCAAAUCACUUAACAAAGAGUUUAAAAUUAAUUUCCAUAAAUCAGAGGUGUAGAAACUAUGGCUUAAGGGACUUCAUAGAGCUUGCCAAUUUCUGCUUUUACUUUUUGAGUAAAUGGUAAAAAAAAAUUGUGCCCAUUUGAUGGUGUUUGAAGCAUAAAAUGGUAUCUUAAUCCUUGCAGAUGUUGAAAACAUUAUUCCAUCUCUUUAAACUUUGUGACUACCUCCCAUACAAGCUACAGGCCCCAUCCAUUUUUAAAAAGUUGGCUUUGAUAUGCUAUAUUAAUCUAGUUGUGGCUCUCAAUUUCAAGCCCUGCAACAGGGCAUCGUGAGUUGUUAUUACUUUAAUUACUCCAUUUUUCUUUGGCCAACGUUCUCUUCCAAGAGUUCUGAAAAGUAUGGAUUUCAAAGACAGACCUACCUAGAGAACAGAAUAAAUAGGAUGAGAGUCAAGGACACCAUUUAUUGAAAUCCUAGAAACAAGCAGAGAUAUAAAAUGAUAGGAUAUCUGUGUGGUUGUGACUAUCUCAAAAGAGGGUUUAGUUAUGAAGUGUAUACAACUUUAUGUGGCAGGUAAGAGGCUAAUAAUUGAGGUUUAUGAUGAUUAUUAAUGUUAAGCAAAUAAUGAUCUACAAGAGCGACUUGUAUGAGCUAUGAAUAAUUUGUUGCGCAUUUUGUUAGUAGUAAUAAUAGUACUAUUUUACAGUGUUUGCAAUGCAAUCUCAGCCUUGCUAGAUAGAGUGUGUUGCCAGAUGGCCUGGAAUCCUGCAAUGAGAGAAACAAUCCUAUCAUUUCACCCUCUUGACUGUUUUUGGUUUUUGCAGUUACGUUAGGACAAACCACAACAACAAAACAUACAUAUGGGUAUAUGUUGACAAUGGCUUCUUGAACUCAUACCGUAUAUGCCGGCGUAUUAGACGACCCGGCAUAUAAGACGACCCCCGUCUUUAUCGCCGAGCUGCACUCCUAGAACGUCGUCUUAUACGCCGGAAACUACCAGUAUUUCCGGCGUAUAAGACGACUCGGCGUAUAAGACGACCCCUGUCUUUGGCGCCGACUUUAGCAUUUCUGGAAGUCAUCUUACACGCUGGCAUAUACGGUAUAUACUUUGAGAACAAGUUCCCUUAGUUACAUGGCCUUGUGAAAUCCCAUUAGGGAAAUCUGGUUUCAUUGUAUUUAUAUCUUACUGUACAUUACUGAGGAUUUUAUUCUGCUAGCCCUUGCAGGGGGCGUUGCUCUUCUCUGUUUCAAGCCAUUGAGCCAGCGCUGUCCGAAGACAUUUCCAUGGUUAUGCAGCCAGCAUGACAGCACAGAGCGCUGUAGUAUGAGUACAUAUUAUUUUUAAUGGAGUUAUAACCCUGCCCACUCAGUGAUGUCACAUCUGCAUUCCCCUCAGAAAUGCUGUAACAUCUUAUUGCCUGUCCCAGAAAUAUUUCUGAUUGG